AUGCAGAUCAGGCUACCGAGUUCUCCGUUUCUGCUCCUAACCGUAUGGCUCUUGUGUUGUUCCGGUUUGUUUCACGUGGUUGUUCGAGCCCAAACCCGAACCGGACCAACUACUCAUCCGGAUGAAGCGCGAGCUUUGAACUCCAUCUUCGCGGCUUGGAAGAUCCCGGCGCCGAAAGAAUGGAACAUCAGCGGCGAACUUUGCUCCGGCGCCGCCAUCGACACCGGUGUCCUCGACACCGACCCUGCCUACAAUCCUCUCAUCAAGUGCAUCUGUACUUUUGAAAUGUCCACAAUCUGCCGCAUAAACAACAUCAAGGUUUAUGCGUUAGAUGUUGUUGGACCUAUACCUCAGGAGCUCUGGACUUUGAAAUACCUCACCAAUCUGAACCUAGCUCAGAAUUUUCUCACAGGCUCACUGCCUCCUGCUAUUGGAAAUCUGACUCGAAUGCAGUGGAUGACUUUUGGGAUCAAUGCCUUGUCUGGCCCUCUUCCUAAGGAAAUCGGUUUGCUUGAUGAUUUAAGAUUACUUAGUAUUGGUUCAAAUAACUUUUCAGGUUCUAUACCAGCAGAGAUUGGGAAUUGUAAGAAACUAGAGCAAAUAUACAUGGACAGUUCUGGACUCAGCGGGAGAAUACCUUCAUCAUUUGCUAAUUUUGUGGAGCUGCAACAAGCUUGGAUUAUGGAUCUGGAACUUACAGGUCGGAUACCAGACUUUAUAGGAAAGUGGACUAAACUUACUACCUUGAGAAUUAUCGGAACCGGUUUGAGUGGUCCAAUACCGUCGUCAUUUUCCAACCUAACUUCUUUGGAAGAACUGAGGCUUGGUGAUAUAUCCAAUGGAGGCUCUUCUCUUGAUUUCAUCAAAGACAUGAAGUCUUUAAGUGUACUAGUACUAAGAAACAACAAUCUCACUGGGACAAUACCGUCUACGAUUGGAGGCUACUCAAGUUUGAAACAAGUUGAUUUGAGCUUCAACAAACUACAAGGACCAAUUCCGGCUUCACUUUUCAACUUAAGUCAACUUACUCACUUGUUUCUGGGAAAUAAUACGUUACAUGGCUCCUUACCCAAUCAAAAGGGGCAGUCUCUGAGCACUGUAGAUGUGUCAUACAAUGAUUUGUCGGGAAAUCUUCCUUCAUGGGUCAGCUUACCAAACAUGAAACUCAAUCUAGUUGCUAACAACUUCACAUUGGAAGGUCUUGACAACAGAGUUUUAUCAGGACUAAAUUGCCUGCAGAAGAACUUCCCCUGCAAUCGAGGCAAAGGAAUCUAUUUUAACUUUUCAAUCAACUGCGGAGGCCCAGAGAAAAGGUCUGUUAGUGGAGCACUAUUUGAGAAAGAGGACGCAGAUCUUGGACCAGCUUCGUUUAUCGUGAGUGCUGCUAAGAGAUGGGCAGCCAGUAGUGUAGGAAAUUUUGCCGGAAGUAGCAAUAAUACAUACAUAGUUAAUUCACAAGCACAAUUUACCAACACUAUGGACUCAGAGCUUUUUCAGUCAGCAAGACUUUCUGCAUCUUCCCUUAGGUAUUAUGGGUUGGGGCUAGAAAAUGGAGGCUACACUGUAAAACUUCAGUUUGCUGAAAUACAAAUUGAAGGUUCUAAAACUUGGAAAGGUAUCGGAAGAAGACGUUUUGACAUUUAUGUCCAGGGAAGACUUGUUGAAAAGGAUUUUGAUGUACGCAGAACAGCUGGUGGCUCUUCUGUUCGAGCAGUUCAGAGAGAAUAUAAAACAAAUGUAUCAGGAAAUCAUCUCGAAAUCCAUCUUUUCUGGGCUGGAAAAGGAACAUGCUGUAUUCCUAUCCAAGGGGCUUAUGGGCCACUAAUAUCAGCUGUCAGCGCAACACCAGAUUUCACACCAACUGUGGGUAAUAGGCCACCGUCAAAGGGAAAGAACAGGACUGGUACUAUUGUGGGGGUCAUUGUUGGCGUUGGAAUUUUGAGCAUCUUUGCGGGUGUGGUUAUCUUCAUUAUUCGAAAAAGAAGAAAGCCAUACACGGAUGAUGAAGAGAUACUUAGUAUGGACGUAAAGCCAUACACCUUUACUUACUCAGAACUUAAAAGUGCAACACAAGAUUUCAAUCCCUCAAACAAGCUUGGUGAAGGAGGGUUUGGGGCUGUAUAUAAGGGAAACCUCAAUGAUGGAAGAGAGGUCGCGGUGAAGCAGUUGUCAGUUGGAUCACGACAAGGGAAGGGACAAUUUGUUGCAGAAAUUGUAGCAAUUUCUGCAGUUCUACAUCGUAACCUAGUAAAACUUUACGGAUGCUGCUUUGAAGGAGAUCAUCGUUUGCUCGUAUAUGAGUAUCUCCCUGAGGGAAGUCUCGAUCAGGCAUUAUUUGGUGAUAAGACUUUACAUCUUGAUUGGCCAACCCGUUAUGAGAUAUGUCUAGGAGUGGCCAGAGGUCUAGUUUAUCUCCAUGAGGAGGCGAGUGUUCGCAUAAUACACAGAGAUGUGAAGGCCAGCAAUAUUUUACUUGACUCUGAACUGGUUCCAAAAGUUUCUGAUUUUGGGCUUGCAAAACUAUAUGAUGACAAGAAAACCCAUAUUAGUACCCGAGUGGCAGGGACGAUUGGAUAUCUUGCGCCAGAGUAUGCCAUGCGUGGACAUCUGACAGAGAAAACAGAUGUGUAUGCCUUUGGUGUUGUGGCUCUUGAGCUAGUGAGUGGAAGGAAAAACUCUGAUGAAAACCUGGAGGAGGGAAAAAAAUAUCUUCUUGAAUGGGCAUGGAAUCUACACGAGAAAAGCCGUGACAUUGAACUAAUUGAUGAUGAGCUAAAGGAAUACAACAUGGAAGAAGUGAAACGCAUGAUUGGCAUUGCUCUGCUUUGCACUCAGUCAUCUCAUGCGUUGAGACCACCAAUGUCACGAGUGGUAGCCAUGUUGACAGGAGAUGCUGAGGUCAAUGAUGCCACCUCUAAGCCAGGCUACCUAACCGACUGUACAUUUGAUGACACCACAAGCUCAUCUUUCAGCAACUUCCAAACCAAAGAGACUAGCUUCUCCACGAGCUUUAUAGCGCCUCGCCCCGGGAUGUCACAUAGUGACUGCGAAUCUAAGCCAAUGGUUGGGUUCAAGAUCAAGGAGGGAAGAUGAAAAUGUGUCCUAUAUAAUUGCUAUAGUCUAUAGAUUUCUAACAUGGAAGAUGACAAUUUUCUUCUAUAUUAUAUGUAUUGGAGAAACAGAUUUCACUUUCAUUCAAUAAUAAUAUUUUAGUA